GUGGCUAGCCGUACUCAAAGCAACAGGGCGGAGGCCUUGGCGAGAAAGAGAGACGCACAAGAACCUGAAGACUGGCGUUGUUAAGCCGGGCGCCAGGCACAGCAUGGGAGGACCUCUGGGGCCUAACGUGCUCAUCACGGGGACGCCUGGGACGGGCAAGACCUGCACUUCGCAGCAGAUUGCCGAGCGGACCGGGCUGAGACAUAUCAACGUGGGCGAUCUGGUUCGAUUGAAGCAAUGCCACGAGGGACGGGAUGAGUCAUUCGACACCUUCAUCCUCGACGAAGACAAGCUUUGCGACGCGAUGGAGACACAGAUGGAGGAAGGCGGCAACGUGAUCGACUUCCACUCGUGCGAUUUCUUCCCGGAACACUGGUUCGAUUUAGUCCUGGUAUUGCGGGCGGAAACGAGCACUCUCUUCGACAGGUUAAAGGCCAGGGGGUACAGCGAGAAAAAGGUCGGCGAGAAUGUGGAGUGCGAAAUCAUGCAGGUGGUGCUGGAGGAAGCGAAGGAGGGGUACCCGGAAGAGGCGGUGCACGAGGUGCCGAGCAAUACCAUCGAGGAGCUGGAGUCCAACGUGUCGAGGGUGGUGCAGUGGUUGGACGCGUGGCGCAGUAACAACGCCGACUGAUCUCGCGAAGUGAAGCGGUGGCGUGUGCCAUCCAUGUCGAUAGGGAUUCCAAGAGGAAAUUGAUGUUAAGGGGGAAAAGGUCGUGUCAGUGAGUGUUGAGCGGAGAAGUACGUCGCCGCGAGUUGAGGACAAGUGUGUGGAGCUAAGAAUCAUUGGCGUUCUUGGCCGUGAAUGCGCCGCUAAAAACAUCGAACAAAAAAAAAGAGUCGUUUAAGGACGAGUUACCUUUAGAGGCCAGAAGAGGACACAUUGAAGUGACCGAAAAGGGUAGUUGAUGGAGAAUAAUCCGGUACAGCACGUAACGGGGACGCAUGAAGACUGCACGUCGGAUCUGAAGCAAUACCGUGGUUGACUGGAUGCAAAGUGAGUUCGAACGCCACCUAAAGUUUUGAUGAGACACGUCCCAUCAUUGUACCCGAGUCUUGCAUUAGAUCUUGUCAUUGUAACAUGAGUCUUAAUGUGAUAAAAAGAGUCUUGAUUGGAGAAAGUGUUCCCCCGGGGUUUGGCGAGCAGAGAGGGAGCUCACAGCACUAUUAGUGUUAUAGCGAGGGACCUACAAUAGUGUAGAUAGAAUCGGUCCCGUGGCUUAAUACCCACGAGAUCGCCUGGAUAAAGCAUUUCGUGCGUCCAGGCCCAAAAAGAGACCAAAAUUGAGUAAACGUGGAGCACCUCG